AUGCCUUGGAAAACUGAAGAAAUCAAGGACAUUCUGCUUUCAGCCCAGGGGAAGGACACCAAAUCUGUCGAGAUCAAGAAGAACAAGGAUAAUGUGAAGUUGGAGGUUUGCUGUAGCAGGUACCAUUACAGCCUGGUUGUCACAGACAAGGAGAAGGCAGAGAAGCAGCGGUCUCCACCCCCAGGAUGAACAGUGAAGCAGCUGAAGUGAACCAGACCUCUGCAUGUGACUAUUGAGAAGUCAAAAUAAAAAGCUUACAAUAUGGGACUAGGGGUAUAACUGUUAGAACACUAGUCUAGGAAGCAUAAGGCCUGGGGGCCUCAGCCCUUAGAAAAAUAAGAUAAAAACAAAAAUUAUAACAUGAGCAGGACCUACACCUGUGGUCACAGCUGGAAUCUUGGGUGUGCCCUGUGCCUGGCCUCACUGGGGGCUUUUGUUUGUUUUCCUUGCUCAUUUGUUGAGGAAGGAUCUUAACCCUGGCUAACUGUAACUUAUAUACAACCAAUGCUAGCCUUGAAUUAAUGGUGAGGCUCCAGCCUCAGUUUCCCAAGUUCUGGCAUUGCAAGCUGUCCAGAUGUCAUAUUAUGCCCUUUUUAAAAUGUUUAUCUUUUUAUUAUAUUUCAUGUGUUUGUUUAGUGUAUGUAUAUGUGUGUGUGUGCAUACACACACGUGCGAAUGCACUCGCAUCACCUGUAUGA